CCGAGACCGACUUCGGGCCGGGUUCACCCCGCUCACACUCCUAUCCUUAGGAAGUUUGUUCAAGUUAAGCAGGCGUGCUGCCCAGAGAGCUCCCGCAGCCAUCCGGCGCUGGUGUGAUCCCUUGGCCAUGCCGACCCUGGCUGCCGUGGAAGGCGGAGGUACUACCUUUGUGGCUGCAAUUGGGACCGGCGACCCACUUACCAUCAUCGAGCGGGCAGAGUUUCCGACGAAGCGAACUUCCGCAGAGACUCUGCAGGAGGUUGCGAAGUGGCUCUCCGCGCGGAACUACGACGCGCUGGGUGUGGCUUGCUUCGGACCGGUGGACUUGGACUUGGCGAGUGCGACAUGGGGCCAUGUCACCACCACGCCCAAGGAGGGUUGGCAGAACACCGAUGUCAUGGGCCCGCUGCUGGCCGCACGGAGGGUGCCCUGCUUGUUCGACACCGACGUUAACGCCCCCGCCCUCGAGGAGUUCAGACACUACGCGGCCGAGGGUCAGAGCUCUUGCGCCUACGUCACGGUGGGCACUGGAGUUGGUAUUGGAUUGGUGGUGAACGGCAAGAUGGUGAAGGGCCUGGUUCACCCGGAGGGCGGCCACAUUCCCGCGCUCAAGCGGCCUGAGGACACUUACCAAGGUGUCGGGUUGCAUCCGUGGUCCAUUGAGGGCCAGGUGUGCGCCGCAGCCAUAGCUGCGCGCGCUGGCGUUCCCGCGGACCGUCUGAAAGAUAUCCCCGACGACAGCGAGGUCUGGCUUGACGUCGCCUACGUGUUGGGCUCCAUGUGCGCGACCCUCACGUUAUUGUGCUCGAUAGAGCGCAUCGUUUUGAGCGGUGGCGUGAUGCAGAGGGCCUCACUCUUCCCCAAGAUAAGACAGGCCACGCGCCGCAUACUCAACGGCUACAUCCACAACCCGAAGGUGCUGGGCGAUGGCCAAGAUGGUAUCGACUCAUAUAUAGUACCGUCAGAGCGUGGGAACGAAGCAGGCAUUUACGGGGCCCUGGCCUUGGCGGACGCGGCUUUGAAGCAGAGCCAGGCCGAGGAAAUUGCCGACGGAGAGAAUGCGGACUACACUUCUAUAAGAGGCAUCGCCGCCCUUAUGAAUUCCUGCACGAGCCGGUGAGCUGCUCGAAGUGAUACGUAUAUUGUUCAAGAUCAUGUUUUCCACGCCACGCUCCAGUCUGUGUGCUUCCACUGCUUCGCAUUGCGGCCAUGUUUUUCAGGCGCCAUGCGCGUGCAUCUCCGCAUGUGUUUUCCACAUUUGCCCGGUAUGCCCGGGCGCCAUCCAGGACCCAGCUUCAGUGGCCGGUCAGCAUACCGUUCGCUCUCUCGCUGGAGGCCAGAGUGCGUCUUCAGAGGUGCCUGCCUCGCUCGCGAGAGCGCACUCGUCCUCCUCCCGUCUUUGAGCGUCUAGUCUGCAAAGACACCGAGAUGUGCUCCAGGGGCGUGCCUUGGUUUGCCCAAUACGUUCCAGAUUGUUUUUUGUCGAAUUGCAUUGGUGUUUGACUCAAGUUCUAUUUGCUUGCAGGCGCGUUUAAACAUAUGGCUC